AUGCUGGCAUCGGCCGUCGUGGACCUCAUCAACAAUGCAGCGAGCGAGUUCGUGGUGGGCCUGGACAGCAGCCAGCUGGACUUCUCGGACCUUCUGUCCGGGAAGGUGGAUCUGCGGCACCUCCAGCUGAAACAGGCGGCCUUUGACUCGCUGUCUAUGCCCGUAAAGCUUCUCUUCAGCUACAUCGGUCGGAUCCGCGUCGAGGUCCCGCUCUUCUCUCUCAUGACGAGCCCGCUGGAUGUGGAGGUCGACGAUAUCUUGGUUGUUCUCGGGACGCAUCCCGCGGACGAGUGGGAUGCAGAGUCCUUCAAGAGCGUGUACUUGAACCAGAAAGAAGCGUCUCUCCAGCACAGCGAGUUCCAGUCGAUGUUCUCGGCCAUCGAGAGCGGCCUCACCUGGUCCAUGCUCCUCACGCUUGCGUCCAACAUCCGCGCUUCCGUCAGAAAUGUGCACGUUCGAAUUGAAGACUUCCACAGUCGGAAGAGCCGACCCUUCUCGAUCGGCUUCUGCGUGAAGCACGCGCUUCUCCACUCCGCGCCGAAGGGCGCAGACACUUCCGAGCCUGGCUUCUGCACCCCCUCCGGUUCUCUCCAGGAAAACAUGCUCUUCAAGAUGAUCUCCGUGGACGGUUUCGGCUUUUACAUCGACGCCAUCGCUGACCCUGAAUGGCCCUUCUCUCGACCCCACACACCCGCGAGAGCGACGGACACCGCGAAACGGAGACGUGGAACCUCUGUGGACGCGGGCACGAACCGGGCGUCCUUCGCCUCCUCUGGCAGCGACCCGGACGACAAGAGAGGAGCUCGGCGUCCCCGGAAGGCCUCGAGGCUCUCGUCCGCAUCCCGUAUUCGCCUUCAGUCUCUUCGCUCUUCGGCGGAAGGAGACAGUAACCUCUUCGAUGUCGGCCAGUACGGGAUUCCGCGCUUCCCGGGAGAAAGCGACAACAACUACAACCGGCGCAUGUACGAGUCGCUGAUGAGUCGCGUCCUCGAAGACCCAUCUCGCGGCGACGGUUUCGCCCGUGGGGCCUACGGUGGGCAGCGGCUUCGCGAGCACCCAGGACGGCCUAGGAAGUUCAUGCCGUGGGACGACAGGGACGAGGAAAACAGUGCGUCUUCGCCUGUGUGCAGCCGCUGUUCUGGUCCAUCGUUGUGCUGCGCGCCAACUCUCCAUGGUUCCAAGGGCUCACUCUCCUCCGACACUUUGGGCGAGCGAGAGGCGCUGCCGGCUUCUCCAAGACAGGACGUGCCACCGCGAGGUCCUGCGCUCCCCAGGUUCUCUGUCGCCUACGCCCCACCCCAGGCCGUCGUCCCUGGGCGGAACGGCCCGGCGGCAGGGCCCGAGCAAAGUGGGGGCGGCGGGCCCCUCGCGGGCGCGCCCCUCGCGGAAGAAGGUGCUCAGCGCGUGCCCGCGGGAUCAGCAGGCCCGCCGGCGUCGUCGCUCCCCCCCUCGUCGACGCCUGCGUCCCGGACGGGUCCCGAAGGGAGACGCGGCGGGAUCUACGGACUCGGCGCAUGCAUGAACUGCCGGUCGCACACGACCCGCGAAGAGGAAGUCGUCAUGCCGGAUCGCGGUCCCGAGCUGACGCAGCCGCGCAUUAGCCCCACAGAGAGUUGGAUGCCGUACAUUGCGGAGUUUUGCAACCCCGUCGACGGACAACACACCGGCACCAAGCGACAGAAGGCAGACGACGGGGACGCUGAGCGAGGAUGCUCCCGGCCGAACUUCCUCCCGAAGAAUACUCAGGAGGCCGAGGCCUCGAACGCAGGGCCUGGACUCUCACAGGGCGGAGACGCGACUUCGCGGGCCCCCCGCGGGUCGAGAGCUGCGUCUAGCCAGAGAGACGAAAGCGGAUGGUUCUCGAACGGGGAGACGCCUCCAGCUUGGCCAAUCUCUCUCACCGGAAACGACGAGUACGAGCAAACAUCGUUUCUCGGGGGGCCUGGCGGGUCGCUGCGAAAGCCCCGCGUGAGCGAAAAAUCGCCGGAGAAUCCGGUGGAAGCGGACAGACGCGCCGCUUCUUCUUCCUCGAUUAUCAGCUCUGUGUUUCAGGACGCGAGCGACGCGAGAAACGCCCGACAGGCGACCUCGGGCGUGCCGCGGCAGAGGGGAAAGAAGGCCGUCACGGCGCGAGUCUCUUUCGGCGCUCUAGAGGAGAGAGACAGUUCGAGUUCGGACGUUCCCGAGGAAAGGGAUAAAGACGCCGAAAACGGCUCUGCGCCUCGCAUCUUCGCGUCUUCUUCCCUGACGCGGCAUUCGCCUCCUUCUCUCUCUCCGCUCUCAAGUUCGGGGCCAUCUUCACCGUCUUCUUCCGUUUCGCGGUUUACCGAGUCCCUGCCGCAGUCGACGGCUUCGUCUCCUCUCUCCUCUUCUGAUUCGCUUGAGUCGCGUCGGCCUCUGGAGCUAGGGACUGCGAGUCAACGCGCAAAGUUCACUUCUUCGUUUCUUUUACACUCGUCUCCGCCCUUUCUGACCCUGUCUUCUACCCCACAGACUUUGGGGACUAGCCAGUCCCCGGGCCCGGAGAUCCACGGACCUUCUGUCCCCGACGAUCUGUGGGCGUUCCCGAGCGAAACAGACGAGCCGGGUGGCCCGAAGGCUGGGGCUGGAACGGGUGCGCCUUCUGGCGACGCUUCUGCGUCGGGUGCUGUCUCCCGUGUCUCCCCUCGAAGAGACAGAGAAGAAGACGAUAACAGUGUCGUGUACUACGACGCGGUCUCGUCCCUUCCGUCUGGCUCUGGAGACGCGCAUGGGGUCGACGCCGCUGUAGCGCAAGAGUUCACCUUUCCAGGAAAGAAAGAGCAGAAGAUCUGUGGACUCCCAAGCAAGCCGGCUGUCUCCUUUGCAGCAGACCGAAGUGUCUCGGUCAGCAACGCGUUGUUUUCCACAUCCCCGCGUCUCGUGCAACCUCGUCUGCCGUCGGGAGCCUGUCAGGUGAGGACAGUCGACAGGCAGAGGCCCGGCGCCCAGCGCGAGGCCCGGGACCGGAGAGCACACAGUGUCUCCGUUCCUGGGGCGGGUGCAGGCGAGACCGAGGAGCCUGGUCCUCAGCAGAGCAGAAGGUCGAUUGUGCGGGGUCUCCGGAGAUUCGCGACGCGGAAAAUCAUGAAAGUAGGGACCCUCGUCACGGCUUUCGGCGGAUUGAGUCCGGGCGCGGCUUCCGAUGGUGGCUGUGGGGACGCGAAGACUUCGAAGGUUGGCGGAAACGCGGUUACAAGUCCGUCUGCCGACUCUGCGUUUUCUAAGAAGGUCCCGUAUGCAGUCGGAGACGCCGAGGACGAACCGGACCCGACGAAGCGGCUUGGCGAGCGAGGGGGAGCCGGGAGCGACGCGGAGGACGAGGCUGAGUUCGCCGAUGCACUCUCGGGAGAAGAGGAAACAAGAGAUAGCGGGGAGAGCGAGGUUGGGCGUGGAUGCAAACGGGUGUCGGAGGCGGCCGAGAAGGAGAGCGAAGCCAGCACCGAAGCGGAGGAAGAUGACGAGGGUCAGAGCAGGGAGGAGAAGAAGCCAGAGACGAAGGCGUUGACCCUGAAUGCAGACAAGACCGACGGUUUCCGAGCCUUCAUCCUGAGUCUGUGGGACAUUCGCCACGAGUACAUCGUCGACCCAGCAGUCUUGGAGGGCCAGGCAAAGCUGUAUCUGUCCCUCGUGCCGACGGUGCCCAAGGGCGGGCCUGUAGUUCGGUGCUGGAGCGCCUGGGGCGAACGACGACGCUUGCCGGAAGAACGGACGGAGGCGCUGCCUUCCUGUGCGUUGUUCGUCACCUUCGUGGACUUGAAGAUCACUGUUUCGGAGGUCCAGGCGCUAAAUUUGUGGAAGUGGCUAGAGUACUACUUCACUCUCUACAGCCUCUGGCAGGGCGGCAUUUUGGGCUCCUUCGAGAAGCCGCGGGCCUCGCUCCACGACCAGGAACUGUACCUGAAGGCCUGGCCCCUCAAGCUGCUGCAUGCAACGGUAGACUCCCUCGAAGACCCCGACCUCGACGCCGGCGACGAGGGCCCAGCUAGCGCGACGCAAGGCCCCAAGCAGCGCGACAGUGUGUCGGAGGCCACUCAGACUCCCGACGACCUGGGCAAGGCCACCGGACCUGAAGAGACACAAGGGCAGACCGACGGAGAGGAGACUACCUACGACCCGGCCCGCGUCCUCAGAUCCUCAGAGGAGAUCGCGGCGUUCUGCAAACACUUCGAGGCUACGCACUCGCUCCAAACGAUCUUCAUUCUCCGCGCGAAGGCCUUCCAUCGCCUGAAAACUCUCAGAGAGAAAAUGGGCAUCCGCAGCAGACCCCGGGGCCCGCUCAUGCGCCUCUGGAACUUCAUCACCUUCGGCCGCUACGCCGCGACUGGCUCCGGCGCCAAAGACGCUCGGGAGAGCCUCGUAGGCGAUCCGGAAGAAGUUGCUCAAGCCAGUCGACAGUUCUUUGAGGGACUGCUCAGGCAGAACGGUGUGAGCGUGGCGCGGAUCCAAGACGUUCGGGACCAGUCUGUGAGCAAAGACUUUCUCCUGGACGUCGUCGUAUUCGAUACACAGCUUCUGCUGACUUUUGAGGGCCAGGGAGUCGCGGUGCCUGCUCCGCGAACCGGGCAGCGCGUGCUGGCGCUCGAGACGAGUUGCAUCCACUACCAUUUGCAAGCGUCGAAGACGGGCGACCAGUCGAUCUCGAUGGAUGUUGAACUCUAUCCGACGUCGAUCUUAACGACAGGACGCGAUCUCGAGAGCCCCUACAUUCCUCCGGAGAUCUCGCCGGUGAUGCUGCUGCAGCCCGCGGCCUCACGAGUUCAAGUGAAGAAGAAAGACAACGUCCUCGUGAACUUUGUCAACGCGGUCUUCCGAGGCGGGGCGGGGCGGGAGGCCAAGGUCCCCGACUUCCGCGGCGACCCUGACCGAGAGCAGGAGGCUCUCGAGGUCGACAGCGCGUCUUCUGAAAAAGACCCAGAAGCUCGGGGGUCUCCGUCGUUCUUCUCCUCUCUGUUUUUUGGAGGGGAGACACGCGAGGAAGAUGUGGGAUCGCAAGGACGCGGCCCUGUGGAGGUUGGGAGGGCCGUCGCUGACAAGUCGAAACAUCUGUCGCUCGCCUCGACCUUUCAGCUCGGCCUGGGCGUCCGGAAGGCGAAAAACGCUUUCGAUUUGCGCAAGAGAAGAGACGACAUCGUUAAAGGCUGGAGCCCUGGGGCGUACAUGCGAAUCGACACGCAGCUCUUCCGGACGCUUGAAAAACCAGAUGUCCGCAUGCUCGUCCACUCUUCAGCCGAACUCGUCGUUCUUCUCAGCGUCCAAAAACUCGCCAGCUUCUUCGGAGAAUGCCUCAACCUCCUCGACGAGGCGACCACCAAGGAACUACAAAUGUCUUCAAAUCUACAGACAGUGACAGUUCUUCGUCAGGGAGAAGACUUUUGCCGCGCGGUGGCCGAAGGCGGCAUUUCGCAUCCGAAUUUCCAUUUGGAGUGCGACCUCCAGAAGACAGUCUCGGCAAUUCUCCCGCGCAUCUCCUCGAGUUUGAACUGCGAGGGCAUAAAGCUCAACUUCGGCCACCUGCGGGCCUUCUCGACGCUCGUUCCGCGGCGGGUCUCGUAUCCGAGAGACUUGCCCGCUGCAGAAAUGACGGAUCGAUAUACCUGCGAAGUGGGCGGCGUCCAGCUGGUGCGUUUGGGGUCCUGCACGGACGACUUGUCGCAUCUGCAUAUGUAUGUGGGGGGUGAGCUCAUCGCGUUCCCUGUAUGCAUCAGCAACCUGAUGAUUCCUGGGUCGGGGGCCUCUUCUGAGGAGCCUCGGACUUCGCAGCCAGGUGCGGAGCCUGCCCUCUCGCGGGCGAGCAGGAGACAGAGGCCCAGAGGCGACGGAGAGACCCCCCCGGGGGGACGGCGACCGAGCGGCGGCGGGGCCUUUCUGAACUUGGAGGAGUUUUUGGCCGGCCCAGACGAAGCGAGUGGCGACGCUGUGGCACGGGAUGUGGAACAGAGCCGGGGAGGAGGACUGAGCAGAGAGAGCGAAAGAAAAGGAGGCAAGGCCUUGAUUGGCGGCAGGAAGUUCGUAGGCGUUUUGUCGAGCGCCGGGGAAGGCAGCGAUCGAGAGGAUGGCAAAUGGCGAGGCCGAGAAGCGAUGAAGGACGACGGGACCCGAGGCGGUGGACGCGGCAGCCCCCGGGAAGGCCAGAGAGGACGGAAGAAGUCAGAGCAGGCUGUCUCCUUCAUCGUCAAGCCUUCGAAAAACCACACGACCCUCGCUGUUUGCCAUGAAAAAUUCCACGCAGACGUCCCGUUUUUCCACGUGGACGUCGUCCAAGAGCGGUUGGAUGUGAUCGUCUGCGAACUGGAUGUCGAGUUUAUCGUCAACGUGAUCGCAGAGACCAUGGACAUCUACUACAGCUACAGCAACCGUCUCCAGAUGAUUUUGAGCUCGCUGGAGAGCCAGGACGAGGCGGUGUGGCGGCGCAUGCAGUCGCUGCGAAAAAUGCAAGCCCUGGCUGAUGGGGCCGCAAGGGCGGAGAGGGGGGAACGAGAUUCGGCGAUCAAAGAAGAGUCGCGUGGGGAGGGGACCGUGCCUUGGAGCGACCCUGGAGAGCCGGAAAGCCCGAGGUUGCCCAGCGACGAAAGAGAAGAGUGCGAGGAAGAUGCCGCGCAUCCCAGGGAGGGAGACUCCCGCAGCGAAGGAGAGACGGCCGGCGAGGUCUUUGGGCCUCAACAUUCGAGGGUCGACAACAUGGUCGACGACAGCGUGAAUCGCCUGGUCCAGGCACAGUGGGAAAAGAUGCAAGAGGCUGCAGAUGAGGCCUCGCGGAAGUUCCAACUGGGCGACCAACAGGCGGCAGCAGAGGGCCAUGUUACGCGCGUCGUCGUCCACUCAUGCUUCGGCGGCAUCCAGCUGCAGGUGUGGCGACGGGGGCCCACGUGGCGAGGCACGCAGAGCCUCUCGGGCGCGCAGGCGUCCUUUGGCGUCUCGCCUCUCGACGUCUUUCUCCAGUCUACAGGCUCCGCGGAUGCGUUUUGGCGCCAAGUCUUGGCGCGAGCUGAGGAGCCCAAUGGAGAGAGAGUCUCCGGCACCGGCGACAACCGCUCCGUGGCUGGAGACAACAGGGGCAACUUCCCCCGCUUCCAGGGAACGCUCACGACUGCAUCCCCGCUCUACUACCCCACCGGCUCGACAGCGGGGCCGAGGGACUCCACGCCGUCCUGCUACAGUGCAACGGCAAGGCAGGCGCGCCGGGGGGCUGUGGGGAAAGGGACUGCGUACGGAGCUGGCGGAGUGGGGAUAUACGGCGACGAUUCGAGGAAAGCCGUGGGGGGCUACUCGUCCGGUGGUAGCGCGUACUGCGGUGAGCCGCAUGCAAGCCAUAUUCGGGCCGUGCUCAUGAACUGCGUCUGUCUCAGUCACUUUUCAGAGGGAUUCGGCUUCGCUGAGAACCAGAGAAUCGGCCCCCUCAUCUCGGUUAUCUCCCUGCCGCUAACCCUCACUGUCGCCGCGGCUUCAGACGGGAACGUGUCUCUCGCAUGCAAGCUCGAGGGCGUUGCCAUUCGCGACGAAACCAACAUCGCGCCCCUCACCAUGUGCUAUUUGUUUAGGGGCACGGGCGAGGGCUCGGAGGCGCCCGAGUCGGGCCUCAAACCGAAGGACGCCGGGGUCGUUGCCGCGGGUCCCUUGUCUGAGAGGGCGGCUGAGAUGUCCUCGGCGAGCGCGACGACGAAGGAGAGAGAAGACGGCGAGGGGCAGCAGCGAACGAAGCUAAGCAGCACGCCGGUGCUUCUGCAUCCGAAGCCUGCCGACGCGGUCCCCACCAAGAGCGAGGACCUCGCCCUAGCUGUCUCCCCAGUGGGCGCGAAAAAAACGCAUGGGCUUGUCUCCGCGCGAUCUGCGCGGUGGAGGACAGCCGACUCGGAAAUGUGGCGAGGGGGCUCCAGCUUCAAAGAGGACUCGCUGCCGGGCCUGCACGCGGAGACCCGGCGCGAGAUGUGGGCCACAGAAGAUCAAGGACGGGAUCCCGGGGCGAGAAGACUGCCGCGGAGACACAAGACUUUGGCUCGGCUCUCUACGGGCUCCGACGCCACCUCUGUGGCCUGUCACCAGCUCGUUGGGCGCGUGUCUCCUCUGCAAGGCGGCUCGAAGCGGCGUCAUCCACGAGCUGGGUCGAGCGUCUGUCCCACGGAGGCCGCGGCUCCGGCGUCGCCUCACUUAUCUGUGGACUUUUCCGGUAACUUCUUUUCAGGAGCGAGCACAUGCAACAUCCAGCUGCGAACUUGCCGAGUUGUCCUUCUGUGGGAGGUCCUAGACGAAAUAGCACACUGGGCUUCCGAUGUCUCAGAGCGUCUUCCGACCUUCCCUCAGCCACCACCGCCUCUCCCGCGCCUGCCGCGGGCCUUGGGCCCGUCCGUAUCGCUCAAAAGGCUCGGCAGAAGUGACGGAAGUCUGUUGUACCUGCCUGACAGCAGACGCGCGGUGCCCUGGCACCUUUCUGACUUCGAUCGCCGGUCGCAGGGGUCGACCGUGUUCGUGCCUCGGAGCUGCUUAAACUCCGACUUUUCCGGCCGCGGGCGCGCGUCAGAGGCCUACAGCCUCCCUCCAAGGACUCGUCGCCCAGAAGGGGGCGAGAGGGCCGGAACGCUUCCGAGAAACAGACUGACGCGUGCAUAUGACAGGAGCAUCAAGGCGGACUUGUGCCCCGGGGACCGCCAACGGUUCCCGGCCUUCGACUCGUCUCCUAGGCCGGGCGUGGGGUGCCUCGUCGGGCCUCAACGGAGGCGGCGACAUUCUUGUCCAGAGACGUCGAUACCCCUGUUCAUGCAAAUCAUGAAGAACCGCCACGAAGGCGAAACCCGGGAACGAAACUUGCUAUUGCCAGGGUAUCUUCAUGGCCAGCUGUCGAGCGCCGCCUUGGGCUCCUCAGCGCCCAUAGACACCGCGGAAGAAGGCCCGAGAGCGCAGGGCCGGCACCAAGCCACUCUGCUGGCGCAGAAGGGCGGCAAGGACGGGACUCAACAGCCAGCGCGCGGGAGGACGAGGCUUUUCCCGGGGUUGACACGCUAUUCAGGACAUGGUGAAAAGCGACGCGAGACCGAGGCAGGUGUUUCCGAGGAGCCCAGGACCUUCUUGGCGCUCCCGACUUUCCACGUGCCGCAGUUGGCUGGCGCUAUGGAGACUCUGAAGCAGAAGAACCUCGGCUUUUCAAGGCCGGCGUCUCCAUUCGGCCUCUCGCAUUUCACUGAGUCCUUCUCGCCCUGGGCCUCGCAGCGUCCAUCCAGGCGCGACUUGGACCUGUCGAUGUCUGCGAGCGCGUCGCAGCCCUGUUCCUUCUCUGAUGGGGAGGCGGAGAAAAUCCGAAGGCAAAGAACCGCGGAGAGUGCAGGAACAACGCAUGCAAAGAGUGGAUGCAGCUGGCGCGUUGCUGAGCAGUUUGAAACGGCGGCCUCUCCAGAUUCACUCCAAAAUCGAACUCGUAAGGCGAGCCGCACCCACGCGGAUUCCCGGAGAAGCGGUGUGCAUUUCUCCGUCACCGGUGGGGCCAUCUUCCCGUCUCGGGCCUCGAACUCACAUGCAAAUUCGUUCGCGUUCCAGGACAACGGAAAGUCUCGGCGCAGCGGGUACAUGGCAGAGCUGCCGGGCCCUGUGGCCCAGCAGAAGAGCGGGACUGGCAUGUCUGCCUUGUCUCGUGUCAGCACACACUCUGCUGUGAGCUUCUACGCGUCCCCAGAAAACGCGCCUUUGUCUCAGUGGGCCACGAUGAUAGAUUACUCGCGCCUCAUGCAGGCAGUCGAGGAGUACUUGCCGUGGGAGGAGGGGGAAGUGGAAGACUUCAGCACCAUAGGCCCCGACAACCGGCUGGGCUCGACCUUCGAAGCCCAGCCGGGGGACAGCGGGUCGAUGUUCGCACCCCCGGAGUGGCUGCUGCCGGACCACGGCUGGCUUGCGGGACAGUGUCGCAGAGCUACAGGGCAGAACAGCGGGUCGGAGUUGUUCUCGCGUGCGAAGAACUUUCUCUCUGUCCACGUCGACUUCCGCAUCUCCGUAUUCGAGGUCUGGAUGCCUGUCGAGCCCCUGCGAAUGCCUCGUCCCGUGAAGGCCAAGAAGCCAGACGAAAAAACCGUGCUCGCAAGGGGCGCCAGAACCGCACCGAGCUCGAACGUGCAGGGCCCGUUCUUUGUGGGGGGCGCAAACUCGUCAUUCCCCAGCCUCCCGGAGGCAGAUGGCGGCUUCGAACGCGGCGCGCUCCGCGGCCCCCCCGGCAGGGUCGUACCUAGGGGCCAGAAUGAGAAGCCAAUGUGCGGACCCGGGGCACAGAUCACGAAUCAACGUGUCCAGGUCACCUGGGAGGACCGCGAGACGGGUGUCCGGCGCGACGUUUCCACGCCGAAAGACACAAGAGUCGUCGAAGCGGUCAGCAAACCUCAGGGGAUCCUUCGACCGAGUCGCCGCGGGGCAGAUCGCGCCGCGCCCGUGUCUGCGAAUCCCACCGACGAGGAAAGUUCGGCGGCCUUGGGGCCUCGUGGCCGGUCGCGCCGGCAUCCGGGCCUGACGGUGGGCAAGAACUUCUUGAAAGAGGAGCUUUUCCGUAGCAACAAGAAACGCGCAGGUGCGGAGGGCGACCCCGACGGCUACGUCAGCGACAGCGCGUGGCUUUGUCGGGAACAAGGUGCCGACCAACCCGGGAACUCCAGGAACGGGGUUCGAGGCCCCGGGGGAGCCCACGAGGGCCUCAGGGAGAUCAUGGACGGCGCGGUUACGGACAUCGAGAAAGAAGCGCUCAGGGCCCGCUACGCCACUUCACGCUGGACACACAAGAAGGGUGGGGGGCCGCUAGGGGGCUUGGAUGAGAAAAACCGCGGAUUCUUCGGACGCGGACGGCGAGAAGAUGAUCAAGGCCUCACCGCUCUGCUCCCAGGCAGCAGCUGGAGGGGCGACGGGGACGGUUCCAGCGUCACGAAUGGCCGGUCGAGCGAGGGGAGUCGAAACCCUCGCGAUAAGUUUUUUGGGCUUUUUUCCUCCCGCAGUGUGGACAAGGCUGGGUUCAAGACGGGGGCGAGGCAAUCGGCCCGCGUAGCCUCUGCACGGGCCCGCGCCCAUUGGCGCCGCCUCAGGUUUCUUACCCGGCCGCCUGACCGCUGCUGGAUGACGGCCGUGCGCGAGAGCAAAGAAGACUACUGUACGUUUUUUCAGACGAAACACGACCGACCGACCGACAACGCCGAAGGCGUGAUCCCUGCGCCAGGAUGCGAAAUCGGGCCCAUUCCUACCGUCCUCGCAGUCAAAGGCGCUGCAUGCGCGACGCUGAUGAUUUGUCGCCUAACGACCUCGGCGAUACAGGACGCGAUGGACAGGGAAGAAGACUUGUUCGCGGGGCGGUGCAGGGAUAGAGAGGAAGAAGCCAGCGUUUUGGGGCAAUACGCCCCCGUAGACGUGCAGGAAUUCGCCGACCGCGCCCCGGAUCUCGCGCCCCACGCGGACGUCGGAGGCCCUGACGACUCGUGGCAUAAAGAGGGACCAGGGCGGGCCUAUUCGCUGUUCGCCGCGCCGGCGAGAGGAGAGGAGACAGUUCGACAAGGCAACGCAGAGAGUCGCGGGAAAUCUGGAGCCGGCCGGCGCCGCCAUCCCUCGACGCGCGGAGACAGGAUCUGGGACGGAAGGGGCGUCGAGGAUGCCUCGACAGGAUUCAAAGGAAACGACGAGACUGUGCUUUCUUUCUGGGGCCCACCCUGGUCGUGGUACGUUCCUGAGCUGCGAAAAGCCUUUGCGUUCUCGGAUCCAGGCGCCCUGUCGCCUGUAGCCCCUUUCCGCUUCUUCUUCCCCUCCAUGUGGCGCCUCCAGGCCACCUUGACAGACGUGGUGGCGAGCUCGAUCACGCCGUCUGCGAUUUCCCCGAUAUACCCUGCAGCGAUUCCCUGGGCGGAGGUUGUGGCCAGCAGCCCGCUGAUUUCACCCGUCCGCCUGUCUCUUGGCGCCACUUUGUCUCUCCCCCACCUUUACCAGAUGCACGAAAGGCUCGCGGGCAUCGACAGCACUGCGUCCAUGACCAUCUACCGCGCCUACGGCUUGACGCGCCCGAAAGCCCCCGAAGGCCUCAGCGUCGCGCUCCAGGUCGAGCCUGUCCUCGUGACGAUGGACUGCUACUCCCUGUUGUACAUCUACCAGCUUCUAUCGAUUCUUCAAGGGUUUGGAGUGUACCUCAGCGAGCUGUUUCCCUCCUACGCCUCAGGCGACGCGACCAGCGACGAGGUCGGAGACGGCGCCGACAGAGACACCGGCGGAGACGCGCCUGACGGUGUACUCUGCAUGCACGGGCGAGGAAGGCAUGAAGACGACGACAGUAUCGCAACUGAUAACUCAUCGGGGUCGGCAUCAGGCGGCGCGCGCCGGGACCGCCGUGGAGGGUGUGAAGGGCCAGGAAAGAGGUACAGGGACGCCCCAUACGCCCGGGAAUAUGUGCCCGACAGGUCUCUGGAGGGCCCCGCGAGUGGCCCAGAGGCCCCCGGGGCGAUCCGGCGGCCCCCGAGCGCCGCUCGAACCAAGGGUGCCUCAGAUGCGAGUAACGGGGCCACAACACUGCGCCACGGAUGCACGGAGAGCUCUGUCACCCAAGCGGAGGAGAAAGCGACAAACUUCGUCGGGCCUCGAAGUGUAAUCCGGACUACUGGCCUUCUCGUGGGCGGGGAGCGAGGCGGCCUAAGCACCUCGUUCCGGUCCAUCGGGUUCCCGCCUCCAGCGCAGUGCUCCGGCUCCGACGACGAGAACGGGUCGCUUCUCCACCGGGUCACGUUGGAGAGCGACAGGGGCACAUCCUGCGAGUCUCGAUCGCUCGGUGCUCUGCAAGCAGAGCGGGCGGGUGUAGUGUUUGGACGGCGGGGCUCGAGCGCGGUCGGAGACGCGCCGGGUGUGGUCAUCGGUCGCCGGUCCGCCGAUGCGGUGGGCCCCAAACCCUUGCCUAAGGCAGAGGUGCUGCUCUACAAUUUUCUUCACACUUUCCCUGUGGGAUUGACUCUCGAGUCGGAGCUGCUGCGGAUUGGGUUCUGGGACUUCUACUCGGUGAACCGGCGGUGCUUUCUCACCUUCACAUUCGAGGACCUGUCGCUCGGGGCGACCACCAAGAGCCGGACGAAGGAGGUGCCGCUCUCGCUCACGUCGCUGACCGUCCAGGCGGCCGCCAGUUCGCCAGAAGUCCUUGCAUGCAGAGCGGCGCUGCGUCGGAUGGAGCAGGACCGAGUCCAGCGCGAGCGCCGCUUGCACUUUGCUCGUUCUGUGAAGACCCCAAACGCACUCCUGUGUUCGAGGCGAGGAAGGCAGGCCACAUCUGGCGCCUCCGACGACUCUGACGACGACAGGAGCGGCCGGGAAGGGUGCCAGCUCUCCACGCUCGAGAGCUCCUCGGUCGUUUCCUCGGGCCAGUGGGCCGACGACGUGCGGACGGCGAGUGGCUUCGAUAGUCAGCACAUCCUCGCCUCUCCAGUUUCUUCGAGGAACUCGCGGAUGUCGCACCGCGCCGCCGACCCGCAGAUCCAGAAAGGUGGACAAGGCGAAAAACGUCAGGCCAAGCCCCCUCUCAGGACGUGCAGUGGCGGUAGUGUCGGCGUGGUGCCAAGGGCGUCGGGCCGAAGGAGACAGUCCGUCCCGGCGCGGGUUACCCUGUCGAACAACUGGAGCCCGGAGGGCCACGAAGGGGGCUCGGAGCCGAGCUCAAGGACCUGGGAGGGCCUCAACACUGCGUCACUUGGUUCAGGGUUCCGUGACCCGAGCUGGGGCGCGGGGGUACGGCGCGGCGCCCCGAAGCGGGCGCGAUCGGCGGGGGGCUUGGGCUCCUUUCGCCCCGGUGAGGCGAGUGGUCCAAAGGAAGGCUCCUUCGCGGGUCGCGAGAGUCAGCGCACCUUCGGCGACCUCCCCGUCGGGAGGCGAGAGAUCUCCCGGUCGUUUGUCUACGGCGACAACGCAGUCGACUUGGCUGAGUGUCGUGACGAAGUGUCUCUACCGGACUCGGACGACUCGUUCGCGCUUCCCGGAGCCGCAGAUUCCCAUCUGUCGAUCGUGAAGAUCCCUGGGACCCACCGGCGUCGCGGCUCCGCAGCGAACGAGGCGGGAUUCGUCCGGACCGGGGUCUCCCUGGCGUCGGGUGCGCCCGUGUCGCCCCUGCGAGCCGGGAAGGCGGAAGCCGCGCGAAGCAUGUUUCUGGCGAACCACGAGAUCGCUGCCCGCACCAUCGCGGUGAGGAAAGCACAGGGCGACAAUGCCUGUGUCUCUUCUGGGGGCCGUGGGCCUUCGGGUCUGGGGCGCCAGCUGCGGCUGCCGUUGCGCCCGAAGGAACUGAAGAAGCUGGUGAUGGGUGGGCAUGUCGACGGAGCCUCGUCGUCCGGCCGUGGGUGCGGCGCCGAGGGCCCUGGCUCGCGAGGGUACCAGCGCCUCGGUUCGGGCCUGGUGUCCGAGGACGAAAGCGACGCAGGCUCUGGGGGCGGACAGCUCGCAGCUGCGGGGAGUGGCCGCCCCGACAAGGAGGCCAAUUUGCUCCAGGAGUUCCUUGGGUGGGAAAACCCGUGGUUGACUCUCGAAGCGUCGAUGAUGCUCGAACUCGAACACUACAACCGGAUUGAAGGGACGAACGAUUUGACCAUGGAACCGUGGCAAGUGACUGUCCUCGGCAGCAAGGCAUCGCUCAGAGACAGUCUCGACUGCGACCUCGAGGCGACUUGGCUGAACCUGAACUUGAACGUGGCUCUUGCCGACGCCGUCCUCGUGUACGGCUACGCCCUCAUCGGGUGCGUCAUCCAGGAAAGAUAUGCUCUGCAGCUCGACUGCCACAAACGCUGGAUUCAGCAGCGGAAGCGCGAACAGGAGAAGGGGAGACAGAGUGGGAAGAAGGAGAGGGACAAGACGGGAGUCACCGUCGCUGGAUCCGACGUAAGGAGCGCGGUGUUGGGUGACGACGGCACUCGCAGCUCCACGGGGUACACCUCGUUCCAGGGGGAUCGCAGCGGCGUGGCCUUCAGCGGCAGCGUGUACUCGGGCGAUAAGGGCCUUUCGGAGCAGUACGCGUUGACGGGCGCCACGUUCCUGAAGCCAGACGGCACGCUGCUUCACCCCGACCGCUUCAACAUCUUGAAGUGCCUGUUCAAUGCCCUCUCUCUCGACUUCCUCGGCGACAAUCUCGUCAGCAAAUCGUCGGAGUACAUGCAUCCCUCAGCUGAGUUCGCCGGCGACGUUCUGAAGAAGACUGCCGACUCCGUCGCUGUCGCGAAGCCCCGGAAACACACCAGCGCCGUGAGUGUCUUGGCCGCCUUGGGCGUCCUUCCCUCGGGCGGCCCCGGCGCGAGCGGCCCUGCCGCGCAUGCGAACGCGGGCUCCGCUGGAGCUUUAGCCGGCGAGACUGGCCUCGGGACCAGAAACGGCCCGCGUGAUGUCUCCGCUGCGGAGCAGUCUAGACUUCCGCGCGGGAGUCGACCGACGGCGCUGACGCCUAGCGCCCAGAGAGGCGCCGCCGGCCAUCAAGCCGCGGCUGGAGCGUCAGGGGACACGCCCAGAGACGCCGACCUUGGAGGCGCGACCCUUGCCGAGGGAGCCACAGGAAGCCCCGCAGACGCGACAACCAAGGCCGGUCUACUCGUGAAUCGCCAGAGCGGCUGCUUCUCCACGGCUCUCGGGGAUGGAGGCAAGGCGGCUGGGGCAGGAGAGGGGAAAAACGGAGGUUCGAGAGAGCCCCGCGAGGAGGAACAACUUCCUCAGCUGUUCAACCUUCUCGGCCAAACGAUUGCGGUUCUCACAGAAAUCGUUGCAGACGAGGACUCGGAUCAGUUGCAGGGGAAGUGGACGUUUGUGGAAGACGGGCAGAGAAUGGGUUUGCCGACGGAUGAGAACGGAGUCGUGGAGACGUUCGUGGUGCGGCUCCGCCUGCUGAACUACGUCUACGACUUGCCUUCGCAGCUCUUCCAGUUCACGUCCGAAACGCGCGACGUCAUUCGUCUCUCCGUCCCCGAGGUGCCUCUCCCGCCUCGGAUUCACCUCUUGGACGCGGACCUGGGCGAUGGCGGUGCGGCCGGCGACGACGAGGGUCUGGGCUUCCGCGCCGCGUCCCCCUUUGCGCCGCAGUUCGCCAUCGGGCGCCUCCGGCACUCGACUGCAGACAAUGCGUUCAGCCCCAUGGCGGGAGCGCGGAGUCUCCAGAGGCGGGCGCUGAGUCGACUGUCGAUGGGGGGGGCGAAUCGGUUCUCAUCUCAGAAGAUCUCGUUUCCGCAUCAGCGUUCGUGGUGGGAUCCGGACAACCUCCCUCAUCCUCGGAACUUUGUGUACAUGCUCUGGAGGACGGCGACGCACGCGUCGAGCGGCAGCGUGGGGACAGCGCGUUACGACCUGUUUCUCUCCUCCUGCCUGGUUGUGCGGAACACAACGCAGUUCCACCUUUCUAUCUUCCCCUCGGUGCCGGGGCCGACGAACUCGAAGAAGUCGGUGUUUGCUGCGUACCACCGGAAGUUCAUGCAAUGUCCAGCGCGGCCGCCCUCCGCCUCGCUCCCGGUCUUCACCAGCGUUCUGCGGAGGUACCAGGGCCCGAGCCCCGAGGCCGGAGCUUAUGAGAAGCGCGUGCAGAGGCGCGCGACCCGGGCGCCGUCUGGGCGUCUCGACAAGGCCGGGAUGUCGCUGGAGAAUCCCCGGGGAGCUUCCCAGAAGGCAGGCAUUUCCGCGAGUGGCGCGCCUCUCAAGGUCGCGAGACAGACUGUCCGAACUGUUCCCCCGACCCUGAAGCUCCCGGCGAUGGAACACUACAUCAUCGAAGACCCGUCCGCCGGGGACAUCGGCCGAAAGUUCUCCAUGGUGGCAGCGAAUCCGUCGAGUGACGAGGAAGAAGGCUUCCUCUCCGCGCUUCCAGGGGUGAAACAGCGCGCCCUUGGCGCCGAGGUGACCACGCAGGCCGGAUCCCGAAAGCCUCGGUCGCAGUCCGCGGCGCGCUCGACCUCCAGACACCGACGCGAAAGAAGCUGGCGGGCGACAGGCGCGUUCGGUGAGCGAGGUCUCCAGCCGAUAAAGGAGACAGCAGGAAGCAAGGAGUUCACCCUGGGCAACCCGGCGGUGCAGCCGGCCCGGAAUCGGCUGAAGAGCGAACACUCACAUGAGAGCGACGGCAUGUUCUCGCCUUUUGUGUACCGAGUGGCCACGAGCGAAGUGGGGUCUCAACCGAGAGGGAAUGAAGAGACACGGAGGUCCAGUCGCGGACGCGGGUCGCCGCGGAAGCGAGAUUCGCCCGGAGGCCGGAAACGCGUCCAACUUGUCGCCCCCGAAGCAGAGGACUCAGACAAGACCGAUGCCGAGAACCCCGCUGCCGCAUCACGGAACGGCUUCCUCGCCGUGAGCGGGCGGCGAUUCACCCGGGGACUGAGGAAGAAAAAGCGUGGAGAGAAGCGCGGGGCGUCGAAGAAGUACGACGCAUAUGCAGGCGAGUUCAUUCCUGUCGUCCUCAACGUGGACUGCAUCGAGCUGCAGCCCUUCGACUCCAUGGUCAAGGCCGUCCCGCUGUUCUGGACGCUGACGGACAAUGCGCCGCUGUGGGUGUGUCUGAAGAAGCACGCGCCGCGUUCCAAGGCGGAGGUCCGCAGAAUCGUCAAAUACCCGGCGCGGUGUGACUUCCUUGCGGAAGAGGCGACGCUGCGAGCGAUCUGCGGCAAUGCGCUCGUCAACUACCGGCCGCGAAAGUCGCAACUCCCGCCUUACCAGGUGCAUCUCGAGGGCCCUGACCGGGAGGCUGUGGCGCUGUCUUCCUCCGUGCGCGGGGUCUCGCUUCGCUGCAGCCGAAACGCGGCGAGAGACGCGCGAAUCCCGGGUCUCUUCUUUGAAAUCGUCCUCGAGCACUGCCUCGUCAUCUGUAACCGCCUGCCGCGGACCAUGUAUGUCCGGCCGCUCUCGUCAGCGGCGGUGCAACAGCGCGACAGCGAACGCGAGCCUUCGGUUUCCCAGAUCCGAGAGACGGACUACGUCAUUGAGGCGGGAGAGUCCCUGUCGUUCGCGGCGGACCCCGCCGCCUUGAUCGUGCUCUUCGACGAUCUCGUCUCACGCCCCCUUGAGGUUGCCUACAAGGCCCAGGGCACAAUCGUCCAGAAACUGUUUAUGGAUGUCGCGGCGCCUGACCACCACACACCCUCGGCGUUCUUCGACGCCGAAGAGGGCGACGCGUCGGCCGCAGGCGUCUCAUCACCCGACACCCCCCCGCCAGGGUCGCCGCCCGACACUGCUGAAGGCGUCGCCACGGCCUUCGUCGCCGACGCAGACGCUGUCUCGCUCUCGUCGGAGUCCGUCCCCGGCGGACUCACCGGCCCCGAGGGAUCAGGAGACUCCCGGGGCUUCACGGGCCUCCAGCCGGGGCCUCAGAAGCUCGGGGACAUGCACGCAGAGGACAUGGAGAAAAACGCGCGAGGCAGAGCCGCGAGGCGCGCCGACGAGGCCCAUGGCGCCGACCGAGGCGACGCAGGCGAAGAUCCGACACCGGCCAACUCCGAUUUCUCGCUGUCGCAGACAAACGAGGAGGUGGAGAGUGGAAGCGAGGGUGAGAGGAGGCGGCGACAGGGAAGCGUAGGCACUUCCACCCGUCAGGUCUCCGUCGCGCAAGACGGCGACGACCUUCUUGCCUGUCUCCCGAAAAAAGUCAUUCUCUGGGUUCAGCUCAGCGACCAGGCGGGAAGCAAGAAGAAGGCCGCCGCCACCGCAUUCAAAUUUUACAACGGCACUUACGUCAGGAGUGUCACUGUCUUCUCGGACGUCUGGAUGAUCAAUCGCUGCGCGUAUCCGAUUUUGUUGAAGCGUGUGGACAGCGGGGCGCUUCAGCUGCUGGAGUCGUUUCAGCGAGUGGUUUUAUCUCAAGACUUCGCGGCGUCGCACUUGCGCCUUGGAGUGCCCUGCAGUCAGUACCACCGGAUCCAGGACUUUGCGUUCUACCCGCGGAAGCAGCCCGACCGGCUGAAGGCCUGCCUCAACGCAGCCUUUAUGAUGCAGCGACACGAGGCGGCGGCGUGGUCGAACGACUUCGUGCUCUCCGACAUGGGGACUGUGGGACUGUACAUGACGCAGACGGAGCAGCACCCGCAGCUGCACUACACGGUGGCGAUGAGUAUCGGCCCGGCGCCCUUCUUUCGGACGACGAUCGUGGAGAUCCUCCCGGCCUUUGUGUUAGUCAACGAGCGACAGGAGACCCCCCUGUGGAUCCGCGAGAGCUCGGCGGGCGUCGGGAACUCGAAGCAGAGGAGCUACCACCGCAUCGACCCGGGACAGUUCCUCGAGUUCCACCCCCAGGGCAGACACCCGAUCAUGAUCGAAGUCACCAGUCUGGUCCAGGCGGACUUGCGCGCGACGCUCGCGGACGACGGAGAGACAGGGUCCGUCUCCGCGGGGUCGGGAAGACGCGAGGAUGGCGAGCUGCAGAAACUCGAAGAAGUCUCAGAAGACGGGGCGCAAGCAAGCGACCCGGACGCCGCCUCGGAUCUCGAACAGUUGCGAGAAGACAAGUCUGGGUCGAAGGCCAGCAGCGAAACAGACCCUCGCCCAGACGUGGGACGGAACCGAGACAGAGACAUCAAGGGAGUCUUCGACGCGAAAAGAUGCAAGGGCGCGACACUCGCGCAAAGCGAAACUCCGCCCGCGCCACUCUCGCCAACAAACGAGGAACCCAGAAGAAGGAAAAACGUCCUGGGCCUUUUAAGGGGAAACAAAGGCAAAGAGGGAAAGAAAGACAAGGAGCAAGAUAAAGGCAAGGAAGAAGAGAACUGGGACGCUGUUGCACGUUCGGAGGAUGCCAGAAGUCCACACCCCGGCGGGGCUGAACUCGGGGCAGGGGAUACGUCCUUGUGGCCCCAGUCGGGGCCUAGUGCCCCGGUGCCGGCGUCACUUUCUGGCCCUAAAGCUGAGCCGGUGCUGUGCCAGAAGACUGCGAAACAAUCGCUCGAGUCUCCGUCUGGGGCGAAGGCAAAGGGUUCCGAAGAACCCCCACAGGUUGGACUCGACGCGCAGGCACACGGGGUUUCGAAAUCACGCUCAGAAAGUGACUGGUUGACUCUGGAGAGAGACAGCGUGGAGACGCCUGGGUCUCCUCGUGGCGACUCGCGGCCGCUCUUUCAAGCAGUUGCAGCGCAUGCACGCGAGGAGCCGGGCCCGUCGAGCGACGGAGACUCGUCACGUCCUUUGUUGGCGGACGUGGAGGACAGUUGGGUGAAGAUUCCUGAGGCGACAGGAAAAGAGACGCAGGCCCCCAAAAGCCGAAGUGUAGAAAUCCAGCACGAGCAGAGAUCUCUCGCAGACGGGGGACGCAGCGUUCUGGAUACGCGUGUCCGGCUGGGUCACACCGAGGUGGAGCAGGGGACAGGGGCAAGGGGGGGUGGGUCGAGCCACACAGUUUUCCACUCCUUUGUUGCACCUCACGUUUCUUCGUCUCGAGCUGAAGUCACGACGUCCCUUCGCCGGCUGUCUCGCGGAGACACCGGGGGCAGUCUAGCGAGCUCGGCACAUGCCGCUUCGUCCCAAACCUCGGAGCUUGUUUCGGUGCCAGACUCCGCGAGCAGAGCCCAGAAUGGCGACCCCGACAGGUACACCUUGCCGCUGCGAGAGAGUGCGACCGGGGCGCGUCGAGAGGGCCACGCUGGAGACAGUCGCCAAGGCCAAAAGGCCCGAGGAGGCCCGGGCCGGCCGGCCUCGGAGGGACCCAGCGGCUCGGAAGCCGACUCGGCUACCCCCAGGCACUUGCGCGCGAGGUCCGACUGGUCCUUCCCCCUGGAGAUCACCUACGCGCGUCUCCUGCAAAUUCGCCAUCCCGCAGACGCACCGUCGAAUCGGGCAACCCAUGCACAGGUUGUGCCUGGGAGACCGGCAGGCCUUCUGACAACGCCGUCUCACCAGGCCCGUGAGAGCUCGUUCGCGGGCUCUGGGCCUGAGGGCCUAGACCAGGACCGCGACGCCGAUCGCGAGAUGUCAGGUUCUGACAAGGAGCGCAAGAUCGUGACUUCAUUUGGGAGCUGGAAGAGGCAGGGCCUCACGGGCGUGAGCGACGCGGUUGGGCCGGAAGCGACUCCGGGCCACCUGCCGCCCGGGGGUGCGAUAAGCCUGCGCACUGCCGGGGUGCCGCACGGACCUGGAGGCGCAGCUGCAGCGCUGCCGCCUCCAGCGUUCGGCGUGACGGAGAUGGAGGUUUCGGUAUACAGCGGGUCUCGGUUUGUUCUCUUUCUGGAUCCGGCGAUUCCGGACUACAUUCUGUUGAACAAGACGUCGUUCGGCCUCUGCAUUGGCCAGGCGGGGGUCCCGGCCUUCGGCGAGUUACUCUUCCCUAUCCCGCGGCACGCCCUCGGCAGGAAGAACGAGGUCGUCGGGCAGAAGUAUGGGCUCAAGUUUGCCCUCUACGACCCCGCGAAGGAGGCGAAGCUGGACGUCUGGCUCUGCAGGGAUUUCACGACCCGCAGCGGCCGCAUGCAGAGUCGGCGCAACCACAGUCUGUUGCGGAACGCGCGUCUCGCGUCGCGCCUGAAAAACAUUCCAGGGUCCUCUUCGCAGAUCAUCACGCACCUCACGAGCGAGGCCCACCGGCUCACGCGCCGGUCGACGGAUUUCCUGCGCGCCGGCAGUGGCGGGUCGAUCAGGAAAACAGCUUCGAGUGAGGAGAAGAGACAUCCGGCGCGAACGCGAACUUCGCUCAGCCAUUCGCUAGCCGGGACAGGGUUCGGGGCAUCGAGGCCCGGAGUGGCGCCGACAGGCAGGUGGGACCUCGCCCGCAAGCGCGGCUCGUCGUUGCCAGACCUCGAGGCUCGCAAAGUCUCCCAUUCGCUCUCUUCGGCCCCCCUGGCCUGUUUUGAGGAGCGAGCCGACGCGGGCGCGCAACGCAGCUUCCGCGGUAAUGCCCUCGAUCGACUCCGGUCCAAGAUGAGCGCGGGUCGUGGCCCGCCACAGAGCCGGGAGUACUUGACAUCUUUGCCUGAGGAGUCGCUGCAGUUUAAGCCUGAGAGCAUCCCGUUCUCGGCGGGCCACAGUGUUCCGCUGGACAUGACGCAGGAGCAAGAGAACCGGCGGGACUUCUCGGAGUCGUUCGACCUGCCCUGCAGCCGCGGCAGCAACCUGUUCUUCCUCGUGCUCACGCACCCGGUGUCUGGCGCGCGCGUCGUCGUCUGUGUCAGGAAGAAGGUAAUUGCCGGUAGCACGUACGUCAUCUUUUUCGAGGCCACUCGCGGUGUGCGCGCGGACCGCGCCAGCAGCUUUCACAUGGCGUACCAGAUGCUCCCGGACCUGCGCCUGCCGCUCGGGUACCCGAGCGACUUGAGUGCCCUGGCUGCCGGCCCUCACUGGGCGAUGGCCGAGCUGCGACGUGGAAACAAUCUGUUGAAGCCGGCGGUCCAGAAGGUCGGGAGCGCGGUGCCGCCUGAGAGCUUCCACCUCUUUCACCGCGGCGGUGGUCACUUGAUGGGGCGCAUGGGGCACCGGAUCGAGGGCGUGGCUGGCCGGAUGGGGGGCCUCGUGGGCGAUGCGGUCGACAAUGUCAGAGGCGCGGGGGAAACCUCUCUCGCGUUUCUGACGGCGCUCGGAAGCGAAGCGCAAUAUCUCGCCCUGACGAACCCGCUGUUUGCUCGUUCCUUCCUCUCAGCUGAUCGGGAGCAUGCCCUCUGCGAAGGUGACGAGUACCUCGACACCGACAGCGAGGACGAGACUGCGAAGGCAAUGAUCAGCAGCGACGUCAGCAUCAAUCUGUCGCUCCUUGGGGCGGGAGUGAGUUUGAUCGACUCGGAGCCGAACGAAAUUCUUUACGCGAGCGUCGAGAUGCUUGGCAUCAACUACGACGCUACCGCCGACAGCCAGCGCGUCCGCCUGACCGUCGGCUGGGUGCAAGUCGACAAUCACGCCAAGGGCGCGUAUUACCCCACGAUGCUGCGACCCAUCACCGACUGGCUCACGUCCGCAGACUCGCUCCAAGACCCUCGCGAAGAGAAGGAACUGGGGACUAGCGUCGAGACAACACUCCCCACCGACUUGCGAGGUGCCGAUGCCAAUGCCGACCGGCUCUCGAUGUUGGGUGGAAAGCCACACGGCCGAAGAGAGAGGGACGGAGUCUGCAAGUCAGCGAGAGCGGAGUUCCGCGAUCCCCAGCACGAGGCUCCCACAAGCGGAGAGAUGCGGGAUGACCCAGAAAGCGGCCGCGACUCCCGCAAAGGGACCUCCGGCGCAGGGAUGAGCGCAAGACCAUGUGAGGCGCGGGUGGUCAACGGGUCUCGGCUGAGUCGCGGCGACACAGUGUUUGUGGGCUCGCGUCGUCGGCUCCGGUCGCGGUUUGGAACGAUGAGUUCGAACGAUUACCCGGGCAGAGACUCUGGGAAGCCGCAGUGGUCGAGACUGCAUGCAGGCGACAUGCUCCCGUCGCGAGUGGCGAGGCUCGCUCGCCUGCAUCACUCGGAGCAGAGCGGGCGGUUGAUGGACGAGCGUGACGCGGUCGCUCAGGUCCUGAUUGAGCACCGGACAUCUUACCAGGCGGGGCGCGGCCUCGUGGACAUGCCCCAGUGUCUCCUGCGUCUCGAGCCGCUGAGUGUGAACAUCGACUCGCAGCUGGUCUUUGCUGUCUUGCUCUUCCUCGACGACCUGUUGCGGACGCUGAACGUGGACCUGCUUCAGCAGAGCGUGAAGGACAUCCGGACGAGCGAGGUCGACCCGAGUAGCCCCGUCUGGCGCGCGCUCCUCGGCCCCGUUAGCGGGAUUCUCUCGGAAGUCAUUCGCGGCGAACAGGGGGGGGCGGCGGGCCAGGCGUCCGUCGUCCAGAAGGUGUACAUCAGCAACCUAGACAUCGGCCGCAUCGUGUUGGUGAUCAACAUCCGAAACAAGCGGCAAGGCCGAGAGGAAGAGGAGCAGCCCGAGUCAGAGCUGAUCCGCGGCGUCCUCGCCAUCGUGAAGAACAGUCUGUACAUCAGCGACGCGAACCUCGUGUUUGCGCCUGAGACGCAGCAGAACUUGUGCGGACCGCCCGUCGCCCUCAUCAGCGACAUCUUGCAGCGGUACAUUGGCCAGGCAAUCAAGCAAAUCUUCCAGCUCCUUGGAGCCGUGGACUUGUUUGGAAACCCCAUGGUGUUGCUGAAGCACUGGAAGUCCGGCGGGAAGAGAUGCGCCAAGGAGUUCCAGCGCGGCAUGCACCUCUACUACGCGCCGCCAGCCGCGUGCGUCGCGCUCUGUCGAGCCUUCGGGAUUUGCGGGCUUGCAUGCAUCGCCGGAGUCGUCGACAGUCUCGGCCGCUUCUUCGGAAGCUGGUACCAGUGUCUCGAGUUCGUGGCUCGGAAUACAGACGUCUACUCGGUAUUUCCACAACUCGUCGCCCAAGGCGGCCUCAUGGACCAGCCAUCGAACAUCGCCGAGGGCCUUAUGAACGGCGGGCGCGGCCUCGCCUUCACGCUGGGCCUGAGCCUGAUGAACUUCUGCGUGAAGCCCUGGAAGGCGACCCAGAUGCACAUGAGCGUGGCGACCGGUGACUCUUCCGACCGACUCCUCGCGGGUCUCAAAGGCUGUCUCCUAGGCAGUCUCUCCGGCCUAGGUUCCCUGUGCUGUGGCCUGCCGUCGAGUCUCCUCCUCUUCACUUCCGCGACCUGCGUCGGCGCGCUAAACCAAAUCCAGGCCGUCCCGAUGCUCGAGGCCGUGCGCCCGCGCCGCAUCUUCAACGUCGGCAGCCUCCGCUUCGAGGAGUACAGCUACCUCCUGUCUCGUGCACGAGAGUUCCUUCCCAAACAGGUCCGGAACAACCCAAACAACCAGCUCCUUGCAGUCAUUCCCCUCGCCCUUCGGACCUCCUACGACCCAUCGUCCAAAGCGCUCACCUCGGAGCGAAUUCAGCGGCUUGCGAAGCGCAUGGCUCGCGUCUCCACCGUCACGCCGUACUGCCGGCGGACGCCUGCGCGCCGCUUCCUCGCUGUCGGGUGCAAGAAAGUCGGCUACGUCGAGAGCGGCCGCGUGGUGUGGAGCUGCAUGCGCAACCAAAUAGUCCAAGUCGAGCUCAUUGAGAGCCUCUCCGGAGACGGAAGCGCCUCCUACUUUUUGAGAAUCAAACAUUUCACGGAUCUCGCGAGAGCCAAAGUCGAAGGCGCUGCCGAAGACUCUCUCGCUCGCCGAGUCAAAGACGGAUUCACAGAGUCCAGAAGAAGGAACCGGGGCGCCCCUCCACAGAGGCGGGACGAUGAGUCGAGUUCGACUUCUUCCUCGGAGUACCGCGACAGCAAUGGAAGCUUGUCGGAUCGAACUUUCUACGAAGAGGACGGCUCGACUCUGGGCAGCGACCAGUUCGGCAUGUUCGGGUCGUCCGGCGUGUCUAGUAGCCCACAGCGCGGCAGCGAUGUCUUCGAGGCCUGCAGCGGCACCCCAGAGUCCGUCAACGGCUUCGUGGGUCGGCAGGGAUCCACGAGCGGUCAUCGCAUGGCUCAGCGCAGUUCCCUCGGACGCACCGCAUCCUCGUUCGGGUCUGCGGGGCAGAGGCUGAGGCCUGUGGGGAGUCUCCGACAUGCCUGGGAAGACUUCAGCACGUUCUCGCAGCAGGGAGCCGCAAGGCGGGACGCUCCGGGAGCGCGCCUCGACUCGCAGGGAACAGGAAAUUCCUACAAUGUCGUGCGCCUCUGGAGCGGAACGUUCGCGUCGCUGCCUUCGGCGCAGACACCCAGGCGCGACUCGGCGCGCCUGCCGAGAACCAGAGGCGACGUGGAGAGAGUCUCGGCUGGGGCGUCCAUUGCGUCGCCGGGUUCCAGAGGCCCUGGAGCCUCUGAGAAGAACGAUAGGCGGAAAGGUCGGAGAUUGACGCCCGCGCAACGGUUUGGAAGCCGCAGAAGUGACUCUUCGCGGGGCGUGUGUUCAGGUGACGGCAGAGACGCCGCGCGCGCCAGGAGGUGGACGCAGGGCCUCUUCGGGGGCCGAGACCGGGGAGAGGUCUCUGGCGAUGACCUGCUGGGGACUGGAGAGAACCGGGAAAUGCCAGGCGAGCCGACCGAGACGAAGGGACGCCGAGGCCCACGACGCGCGCGGAGCCGCCGGGGCAGGCACGGUAGCCGAAGAAACGAAUACCGAGGAAACGACGAAGAAGCUGAAGUGGCCGACGCGGAAGGCUCUGACAGGUCCCGUUUUUCACCGUCACUCGACAGCGACUCCGAUCGCAGUUCCUCUCUCCCUCGGUCUUCGGAUGACAACUCGGAUAGACGAGAGUCGGCGAGGCGAGCGCGGAGUCCAAGUCUCAGCGACAGCUCGCCGCUCCAGAGCAGCGAGACCAGCAGCGACGCGUCUGACGGGUACCGGUCAUACUCGCAGAAGUCUCCGGAGGCGAGUUCGAGGAGUCUUCUCGCUGACGAAGAGCGAGAGCGAGAAGCCCUGCAAAUGCCCGAGCUCGUGGACCGCGCAGCCAGGGCCGAGCGACUACCCUUCCUACCACGGCUCCCGUUCACUGUCGGGAGACGGUCGGAUGCAGAUGCUGCACGGACAUUCUUCAGACAAAGGGUUGUCCAAGUCGCAAACUACGAAAUGGCCCACCUCGGUUUCUCCGUCUUGACCUACUUCCUCGACAGCUGCGUCGCUCCAGGAACGGCGGACGCAACGAUGUCUCUCCUUGUCUGA